UGUCACUAAGAGGUAAAAUGGCUCAGAGAGGUGCUCAGGUGGAGAAACUCUCCUGUUCCAUCUGUUUGGAUCUACUGAGGGAUCCCGUGACUAUUCCCUGUGGACACAGCUACUGCGUGACCUGCAUCAAAGACGUUUGGAAAGGAGAAGAUAAGCAGAGAAGCUGCAGCUGCCCUCAGUGCAGGAAGACGUUCGUUCGAAAGCCUACCUUAGAGAAAAACGUCACAUUAGCCGCUUUAGUUGAGGAUCUGAAGAAGACUAGACUCCAAGCUGCUCCAGCUGAUCACUGCUAUGCUGGACCUGAAGAUGUGGCCUGUGAUGCCUGCACUGGGAGGAAGAUGAAAGCUGUUAAGUCCUGUCUGGUCUGUUUAGUUUCUUAUUGUAAAAAUCACCUCCAACCUCACUAUGAUGUCCCUGGAUUGAAGAAGCACCAGCUGGUGGACCCCUCUAAGAAGCUCCAGGAGAACAUCUGCUCUCGUCAUGAUGAGGUGAUGAAGAUCUUCUGUCGUACUGAUCAGCAGUGUAUCUGUUAUCUUUGCUCAAUGGAGGAACAUAAAGAGCAUGAAACAGUCCCAGCUGCAGCAGAAAGGACUGAGAAGCAGAAGGAGCUCCAGGAGAGACGACAACAAAUCCAGCAGAGAAUCCAGGACCAGGAGAAAGAUGUGAAGCUGCUUCAACAGGAGGUGGAGGCCAUCAAUGGCUCUGCUGAUAAAGCAGUGGAGGACAAUGAGAAGAUCUUCACUGAUCUGAUCAAUCAGAUCCUGAAAAGAAGCUCUGAUGUGAAGCAGCAGAUCAGAUCCCAGCAGGAAACUGAAGUGAGUCGAGUCAAAGAGCUUCAGAAGAAGCUGGAGCAGGAGAUCACUGAGCUGAAGAGGAAAGAUGCUGAGCUGGAGAAGCUCUCAAUCACAGAGGAUCACACCCAGUUUCUCCAGAACUACCCCUCACUGUCAGCACUCAGUGAGUCUACACACUCAUCCAGCAUCAAUAUUCGUACUCUGAGAUACUUUGAGGAUGUGACAGCAGCUGUGUCAGAGCUCAGAGAGAAACUGAAGAACAUCCUGAGAGACACAUGGACAAACAUCUCACAAGCGGUCAAUGAAGUGAAUGUCUUACUUUCAGAACCAGAACCAAAGACCAGAGCUGGAUUCCUAAAAUAUUCCAAAAAAAUCACUCUGGAUCCAAACACAGCAAACAAGAAACUGUUAUUGUCUGAGGGUAACAGAAAAGUAACAAGGAUGAAACAAAAGCAAUCUUAUCCUAAUCAUCCAGACAGAUUCAUGGAAUAUAAUCAGGUCCUGAGUAGAGAGAGUCUGACUGGACGCUGCUACUGGGAGGUGGAGUGGAAAGGAAAAGGUGUUGUUGUUGCAGUUUCAUACAAGAAUAUCAGCAGAUCAGGAUGGUCAGAUGAAUGUGAGUUUGGAUUCAAUGAGAAAUCAUGGUCAUUUGACUGCAGAGCUGACAGCUGCACAUUUUAUCACAACAGAGUUGAAACUCCAGUAUCAGGUCGGGUUUCCUCCAGAAUAGGAGUGUAUCUGGAUCACAGAGCAGGUGUUCUGUCUUUCUACAGCGUCUCUGAAACCAUGACUCUCCUCCAUAGAGUCCUCACCACAUUCACUGACCCUUUGUAUGCUGGGAUUUGGCUUUUCUAUGUUGAUGACUCUGCUGAAGUUCUUAAACUGAAAUAAUCAGAACUGAUCUGAGUUCCAGUUAGUUUUAGCUCCAGUUUCUGUAGUUUCCUUCAUUGUUGUUCUUUUCUGCUCAUAGAUCAGCUGUUUUUAUGGAGCUUCUUUGUCAUUUUGGGGUUUAUUUGGAUGCUGCCCCUUUCUGUUUAUGAGGCUAUCAUUGCUUAGGAGAUUUUUUUUUUCAUUUAAAAUAAUCAAGUAUGUAUUGCUUUCUCAGAUAUGUGCAGAACAGAUGAGUUAACUCUAACUAUCUCUGAGUUUUCAUCCACAAUUACUCUGUUCUAAAAAACAUUACGUCCACUAAAACAUCUUUAUAGCAAGUUAAGCUGAACAAUGAGAUAUUAUCUGAACGUCCAAAGUGUAACUCUGUCCUUAAUAUUAAACCACCUGUAGAGUCUUUUAUGAGACGAAACGCAAGAUCAAGUUAAUCAUUUUAUUUCCUUCUGACUGGAAUAUUCCAUAUUCCCUAACCGAAAGUUGUAAUGAUGAAUGUUUAUUAUGUUAUGAUUCUGACUGUAAUCUGUUUAUGUUGUUAAUGAUUACAGCUUUAGUGUGCAAAGCAACUCUGAGACUGUAUGUGAAAACAUCUGAAGACAAGCCUGGUGUACAAUAACAUAGCAAUACAUUUCUUUUGGUGUUUGGUUAUCUAAAAAUCUGAUUUUCUGUAGUUAUAAGAAAAAAUAUGAUCAUUUUUUUUGUUUUGCAAAAAUGCAGCACUAUAGUUUUCAUGUCAUGCAUUUAAAGGCUUUGAUUUUUACUUCCUUAUAUCAGCAAUCUGGGUCCAAAUCCCAAAAGAAGAAGUUCUAGACAAGUUUUCUCAAACUGAUGCAUUCUUUGCCUUACAUUUAAUCAUCAAAUUAUUAAAAUAUGUCACUAACUCUACGAGAUCAGCUCACAUUAGACUCAGGUGUGUUGAAGCCGUCUAAAAGUUGCAGGAUGCCGGCCCUUGAAGACCGGAACCCUGGUCUAGUCCUUCACUUUUAACUAAUGCAGCAUUUCUUUCUUAAUAAAUACACAUUGGUCAGCUUUAGAUGUGAUUUAAUGUUUCCUAUAACUUUUAGUAAACUUUCACUUGAUGCUAACAUUUAAAUGAUAAGAAGGGUUUGUAAAUUCUGUGUAAGUG